GAAAAACCGUUUGCCGGCAGCGGGAGGUUGCGGAAGAGUAGCUACGGAGCGACCGACGGAGACAAGUGACAGUACAGCCGCCGCUGACGCCCAAUAGGCAGCUCCUCCAGGCACAUACUGAAGAAGGACAGAAAGAUAUUCUCUGCUGAAGUUCCCACUGGUGUGAAACUCAGGAAAAAAUAUGUCUGCCGCGAUAAGAACGUACGGGUUACACAGUUCUCAACCAAAUUUGACUGAAGAAAAUGAUGAGGAAAUUCGAGGAACAAUAUUUCGCAUGCAGUCCGUCGAGGAAAAAUCGUCACGAAGUAAAUCCGCUUCCAUUGACGGGAACUUCACGCAACCCGUUGAGCCGCAGUCAGAGGAAUCUCCCCCUCCAGUUUCCUUCUUUCAACUGUUCCGCUUCUCGACCGCAUGGGAGCGCUGGCUGCUGGCCCUCGGGGUUUUGGCGGCGGCGGGCGCCGGCGUAGGCGCACCUCUCAGCAACCUGCUGUUUGGAGACCUGACGGGCGUCAUGGUGGACUUCGGGUCCGCGUUGGUCAACGCCACAGCCGCUGGUGAGCAGGUGCCCGACGUGGCUGUGCGUGUCUUCCUGCACGGCGUCCGGCAGUUCGUCAUCUACAGCGCCAUCCUGGGCGCCGCCACCUUCCUCUUCACCUACGUCUGCGUCUUCACCUUCAACUAUGUCGCAUACCGACAGGUUCAUCGCAUACGUGACCUCUUCCUGAAGUCUGCGCUGCAGCAGGAUAUUGGUUGGUACGAUACGCAGCAAACUGGGGAGUUCGCAAGCAGUAUGACCGAGGACCUGACUAAACUGGAGGACGGCAUCGGGGAGAAGGUGGCCAUGUUCGUGAUGUACCUGGUGAACGUGAUCGGCGACGUGCUGAUGGCGCUGGCUCGUGGCUGGGAGCUGGCCCUGGUGUGCCUCGUCUGCUUCCCGCUGACCGUCGCCUCCAUCGUCACCACCGAGGUGCUGUCGUCACGGCUCGUCCAGAAGGAGCUCCUCGCUUACGGAAAGGCGGGAGCCAUCGCGGAAGAGGUGCUCAGCGGCAUCCGAACCGUGAUCGCCUUCGGCGGACAGGACAAGGAGGACAAGAGGUACAACAAGAAACUGAUGGCGGGGAUGAAACUUAGCGUGAGGCGAAAUCUGAUCAACGGGCUCGGCAAUGGUUUCCAGUGGUUCUGCGCCUUCGGCAGUUACGGGCUGGCCUUCUGGUACGGCGUGGGCCUCAUCCUCAGGGACAGGGACUACCCGGAGAGUGAGAGGCGGUACGACGCAGCCACCAUGCUCACGGUAUUCUUCUCGGUGCUGAUGGCUUCCUGGAUGUUAGGUAUGGCGUCGCCCUUCAUCGAGGCGUUUUCGAUAGCCAGAGGCGCCGCAGCGAAGGUGUACUCCGUCAUCGACCGGAAGCCUCCCAUCAACAGCAUGUCUGAGGAAGGCAAGAGACUUCUAGCGGUCAAGGGCGAUGUCGUCUUUAAGGACGUACACUUCGAGUAUCCGUCACGCAAAGGUGUCAAGAUUCUGCGAGGUCUGAACUUAAGGAUGAAGAGUGGAGAGACAGUGGCGCUUGUUGGAAGUUCUGGUUGCGGAAAGUCCACGUGUAUCCAACUCAUUCAGAGGUUCUACGACCCGCUUCGAGGAACGGUGGAGCUGGACGGCCACGAUAUCCGCAGUCUCAACGUGGGCUGGCUGCGCUCACAGAUCGGCGUGGUGGGCCAGGAGCCGGUGCUCUUCCAGACCACCAUCUCGGAGAACAUCCGCUACGGGCGGGACACCUGCACCAUGGAGGACAUCGAGGAGGCCGCCAAGAUGGCCAAUGCUCAUGACUUCAUCUCCAAGUUACCGCAGGGCUACGACACGCUGGUAGGGGAGCGCGGAGCCCAGCUGUCGGGCGGCCAGAAGCAGCGCAUCGCCAUCGCCAGGGCGCUGGUGCGCCGCCCCAAGAUCCUGCUGCUGGACGAGGCCACCUCUGCUCUGGACACCGGCAGCGAGGCCAAGGUGCAGGCCGCGCUGGACAAGGCCAGCGUUGGUCGAACGACCAUCAUCGUGGCGCACAGGCUGUCGACUGUGCGCAACGCGGACAGGAUCGUGGUGCUGUCCGGAGGCGGCGUGGUCGAACAGGGCAGCCACGACGAGCUGAUGGCGCUCAAGGGCCACUACCACACUCUCGUCACUGCCCAGCUGUCCGCCGCCGUCAAGGAGGCCGAGGAAAAGGCGGUAGGAGGCGAACGGCCAGAUCUACAGCGUCUGGUGAGCGUCCGCAGCGAGGCGUCCUCGAUGGCGGGCAGCGACGCGGGUGCCGUCGAGGCGCAGCCGGAGGCUCCGGAGGAGAAGGUGCCGGACGCGGGGCUGGCGACCGUGCUGCGCCUCAACUCGCCGGAGUGGCACCUGCUGGUCACCGGCACCGUGGGUGCGAUCAUCGAGAGCGCCGGCUUCCCAGUCUUCGCUGUCUUGUUCGGAGACGUGCUCGGGGUGCUUUCGCUCCCAGAUCCUGAUGACGUGCGUAGCCAGACCAACUGGUUCAGUUUGCUGUUCUUCGCUAUCGCUAUCUUCAUUUCCGUGGCGUCAUUCCUCCAGAUCUACGCAUUCGGAAUUGCCGGCGACCGGCUGACGACACGACUGCGACGGCUCACCUUCUCGGCGAUGCUGCGGCAGGAGGUGGCCUGGUUCGACGACAAGAACAACAGCACGGGAGCGCUCUGCGCCCGGCUGUCUGGAGACGCCGCUACGGUGCAGGCGGCUACGGGUCAACGCAUCGGCUCCGUGGUGCAGGCUCUGUGCACACUAGCGCUGUCUGUGCUCGUGUGCCUGUACUACGAGUGGCGGUUGGGUAUGGUGGCCGUCGCCUUCAUGCCGGUCUUGGUGGUGGCUCAGUACUUCGACGACAGGCUGGUGCUCACGGAGGCCAAGAGCAAGCAGAAGUCCAUGGAGAAGGCCACUAUCGUGGCGGUGGAGGCGGUGGGCAACAUCCGCACGGUGGCGGGCCUGUGCCGCGAGCGGCAGUUCCACGCCAAGUACAUGCUGGAGCUGGAGCCGGCCAUCCGGCUCGCAAAGCGAAACACCUACGUGCGUGCAGCCGUCUUCAGCCUGGCGCGCAGCCUCGGGACCUUCACCUACGCCGUCUGCAUCUACUACGGGGGCUUCCUCGUCGUCUCCGAUAGCGUACCGUACGAAGACGUCUUCAAAGUGACCGAAGCUUUGAUGUUCGGGACUUGGAUGGUCGCUAAUGCCCUGUCAUUCGCUCCAAACUUCAGAAAGGGCCUGAACGCAGCAUCGAAAAUAGUUCACCUGCUUAACCGCCAGCCCAAAGUAACUGAUCCAGAUACUGCAUCGGAUAAAGAAUGGAAGGCGGCUGGGAAUGUGAACUACUCGGACGUGGAGUUCUGGUACCCGACGCGGCCUGGCGUGAUGGUGCUCAAGGGCCUCAACCUAGAGGUGAGGAUCGGCCAGACGGUGGCACUGGUGGGUCCCUCUGGCUGCGGCAAGUCCACCUGCAUUCAGCUGCUAGAGAGGUUCUACGACGCAGCCUCCGGCUCUGUGGCCCUAGACAAACACGACGUGUCUCAAGUUAAAAUGGCUGCACUGCGAUCCCAACUGGGUCUCGUUCAACAGGAACCAGUUCUGUUUGACAGAACCAUUUCGGAAAACAUUGCUUAUGGUGACAACAGUCGCGAUGUUUCCAUGGAUGAAAUAAUCGAAGUGGCGAAGAAAGCUAAUAUCCACAAAUUCAUUACAGCUUUGCCACAGGGAUACGAAACACGCAUGGGUGAGAAAGGCACGCAGCUCAGUGGAGGUCAAAAACAACGGGUAGCAAUUGCAAGGGCUUUGGUUCGAAAUCCACGUGUGCUUCUACUGGAUGAAGCAACUUCAGCUCUGGACACGGAGAGUGAAAAGAUUGUUCAAGAGGCGCUAGAUAAGGCGAAAGAGGGUCGGACUUGCAUAACAAUUGCCCACAGGCUCUCUACAAUUCAGGACGCUGACCUCAUUUGCGUGAUCAGUCACGGAAAGGUUGCUGAAAUAGGAAAGCAUGCAGAACUGUUAGCUAAACGUGGCAUCUACUACAAACUUCAUAAUUUGCAGAGUACUUAAUUUUCUCGUUUUAAAAUGUGUUGCCUUACAUGAAGGAGGUGCAAUCUCAGGAAACUACAAUUGUUAAAUAACUGUGAUCAUUUUCCUUGCUAUUUGCUUUGUUUCACUGGAAACGUGUAAAGCACUUAAUCACGUAAUACACUGCCUGACAAAAACUGAAGUACCGAGAAUUGGAGUGGAAGAGAAAAUGAAAUUAAACACCACGGGAUGAGAGAGUAUGGGUUGUUACGUAAUUACAGAAACCGAGGCUGAUUUACAAAGACCUUUCCAUUAUGAUCCCACUUAACAGCAUAACACUGCAGUCCCUUCCUCCCCCGUCCCUCCCCCCUUCCGCUUCUGGCCAUUGUGCAGGCGCUGAUUCGCUUGGGAAGGGUGUCACAAAGCCGUUUCAUCCUCUCAUGGGGAAAGCUGGACCACAACCUUGUAAUUAACCUUGAUACAGCUGGAUACUGGCACUGAUACGUGGCACCGAGCGAGGUGGUGCAGUGGUUAGCACACUGGACUCGCAUUCGGGGGGACGACAGUUCAAUCCCGUCUUCAGCUAUCCUGAUUUAGGUUUUCCGUCAUUUCCCUAAAUCGUGUCAGGCAAAUGCCGGGAUGGUUCCUUUGAAAGGGCACGGCCGAUUUCCUUCCCAAUCGUUCCCUAAAACGAGCUUGCGCUCCGUCUCUAAUAACCUCGUUGUCGACGGGACGCUAAGCACUAACCACCACCACUACCAGAUACGUGGCAUGCGUUCCCUCGCAGAAUUGAGGAACUUGCUGACUACAGGAGUAGCUCAGCAUUACACGCACACUCAGCAUUACAUGUGCCACGUGUGGACGAACUUUGUCCUGUUGACGUAUAGCACCACGAUGUUGUCACAUGAGAAUUAACAGAUGAGGACACAUGAUGUACGAUUAUGACUUCAGAGGUCCCUUGGUCACCACCAGCCAUACCCUGAACCCAUACCCGAUGGAUUCCCACACCAUAACUCCUGAAGUAAUACGUCCGUGUCUUUCGAAAAAGUUGGCACAAUGGAACCUCUCCCCAGAUCGCCGAGAUACUCGUCGAUAAUGGUCUUCCAUGGUAGUGCAGAACGGCCACCCAUGACUGAACCCAAUGCGACGCCAAUGCUUCCCGGCCACGGCAACACUCCAAAGAUAAUGCUUUGACUUCUGGUGCAGCCCACGCAUUGGAUGGUGAAUUCCUAGUCCUCUGCCGCUGAUGUCCUGUCAGAACGACAGGACAGGAACAAUUACCUCAAGUAAAAAAAGGGUAAUAAUCCUGGGUUCUAAACUGCAUACAUUAAAAGCUAUGAGCACUACUUCAUCUUCGUUACUGCCAAACGCGUCUGUUCUAUAAAGCAAGUGCUAAUAGCUUUUAAGGUAUCAAUAUUGUUAGACAAUUUUUUUCUUGUUUUGGUCUGCCAGUACCGAAGAUAAAAAACAAGUGUUCAUAGUUCUUAAGAUACGCAUUUUAGAGCCCAUUUUUACUAGAAAUUUGGCUUCGAAUGAUCGUUCCUGUCAUAUCUCUGAAUACUGAUCAUUCACCAUGGACACCAAGUAUACUUUAGGUCUGGUAGUAACAAUAACCACAUACAACACUAACGCAGUGUGGCGACCGUUCUAUCUCUUACAGAGAAUAUACACUCUUACUUCUUUACAAACUCUGUGUACCUGUACGAUGUUACGUUGACAUCUGACCAGGUCUUCUGGCUACUUCAUUUCUUUUUUGUCAGGUGGUGUACUAGAUCAGUGCACAUAUACGUGAAAGGACUGAGUACUUAGUGUAAUAUUUACCACUAAAGCUGUAUGUUUCCUUAUUUUUGAGAAAAUUUAUUUUUAUUAUAGCCGACAUAUUCAUUACGAAAGGUUUCGGCAUCUUUAUUGAUAUUUAAAAAAAAUUACGUAACAUUUAUUUUCCAGUAUUAGCUGCAUUUUUUAGGGAUUCCAUGCCACAAUUGGCAUAAAUGGAACCCUCAAAGAGUUACUCCGUUCUCUUCCUUUCUGUCUGAAUGUUAAAAACACUUUUUCUCAAGAACGGGUAGACGUAUCAGGAUUAAAUUUAAGUCCUUGAUGCUCUAAAAAAAAGCUAUGGUUUCUAAAGCAAUUCAGUCAAAUUAAACUGCCAUUUAUGUCACACAUUUUGAUACUCGCAAAGUUACACGCAAAAUAUAUUUGUUUGUAUGUUCAUCAUCUGCAGGAGCUGUUAAAUUAUUAUUGAAUUCUCCACCUUAACCUUAGUGAAAUUAAUUAAUUAGUGUUUUACGGCAGACGGUUUUCGCUUUUAUUUAUAUAGCUUCUUUUGAGGUCAUUCUGCAAACAUGGAUACUAAUGUUUGCACAUUUUUCGUUGUUUUAGAUUAAAAACAGUAUUCUGCCUUUAAAGUUCGCGUGGAAUUUAUUUAAGGUGUUUCUGCCUCUUGUUCACACAUUUUGGAAACCACUGCUUCUUCCUUCUCGGUUAGCGGAGGUUGAAGGGGAAAGAACAUUCGUUACUGCCAAGCGUAUAUGAGUAACAAAUUUUCUACUGGAAUCCACCUCCGCUAACCAAGGGAGAAGAAGCAGUUGUUUCAAAAUAUGUGAAGAAGAGGUGCAAACAUCAUUAGUAAAUACAAGCCAACUUUAUGAAUAAAAUACUGUUUUUAAUCUGAAACGAUCAAAAAUGCAGAAACAUAAGUAUACAUAUCUGCAGAUUGACCACAGAAAAUGCAUUAUAAAAGCGAAAAGUAUCCAUUGUAAAAUUCUCUUUCAUUAAUUAGAGUAGAUUUAAGACAAUGAAACCAAUAAUAAAUGAUCACUCAUCUAAAUCUAAAUUGCAGUUCCAGUUCACCUAGAAUCAUGAAAUUUUAUAAACAAGAAGCUUUCACAGUAAAAGUAAGGAGAAAAUUCUGAAAAUAGGUAAUAUUUUAUUAUAUCACAUGAAAGAGUUUUGUUGCCAUUUGUUAUCUGAGUGUCUAUCUGUUUGUCUGUUAAAACGCCUUUUUCUCAGGAAAGGACUUAAUUUUAGAGGUGCUAUUGUUGUCACAUGAUCUAUGGCUCCUUGGUGGUAUAAAUAACUAAAGCUUUAUCGAGUAGCUGUUAUUGUCACAUGAUGUAUGGCUCCUUGGUGGUAUAAAUAACUAAAGCUUCUAAGUCAAUAUCUUCAAAAGAUGCGAUGAUGUAUUCACAUAUUGUGAUAGCUGCAAACUUACUCAUCAAAACGUACAGGGUAUUUACUUCUCGUUCACAAAAAACUCAGAAAAUAGUUAAUAUGUAGCUAUAUCACAAGAUAAAAAUAUUUCUUUUGUCAAUUUUUUAGCCGACUUCAGACAUAAAAUUAAAACGUUCACAAAAGUCUUGGAAUUCCCUCGACCGAUACCUUGACAGUAUCAGUGUCAACAACAGGCAAAAAUCGCCUAGAUUCUCGAUUAUUGGGAUGAAGGAGCUGUCUAUACACAUGACAAAGUUUGUGCACAGCCAUCAGUGCUGAUUUCCUACUCGUACUUAGUCUUUUUUUUCAGUAUGAUCGAAAGACAUGGAAACUAGUUAUACUCUAAACAUAUUCAACUGGUACUGGAAAAUAAACAUCACAUACACACAUUUUUAAAUUAAUUUUUAUUAAUAGCAUUGACAUGUGUAAUGUAAAAUCAUGUUCCUGCUAAAUGCCAAAAAUAUCUGUUAGAUUGUAUUAUAUUUUGUAUUGUAAUUAAUGUAUUGACAGUAUUGACACUUUUAUAGAUCAUGUUUGAGAAUGUUAUCAUCUUCCAGAGUUCUGAUGAAUUAAUAAGAGGUGAUGAGUCUCUUACCUUGGGUGAUAAGAAGGGUUAAUUUUUACAUCUGUGUUGACUCUUUUCAAUGAGUGUAAACUGUGUGGUGUACUUACUUGAUGAGUCUGGUUGACAGAUUAUGUUAAUUCGAUUUACACGAAGGAAGUACAAGUUUCAGUAACCUCAUUUCAUUAAUGCAAUCAGCUUCAACUGAAUGAUUAUAAUGUCUGUGAUACAGUGUUCGUGAAACCAUAUUUCCAGUAUAGCUUGUCUUCCAUGUGGUAGAAAAUAAUGUUCCUCAUUCUUUAAUCUUAGUACAUUUUCUGUCGUUCUGUAACUGUGUAAAGGAUUAUAUUGACUUUUCAUUUAUGUGUAAUAAAAUUUCAGAUUCCAACUAAUGGUUUCUAGGAGAUUUGUAAAUAAAUUCAUCACUGUGAUGUUUCGGUUAGUAAGAUCUCAUUCCACUAAAAGGAACCUAUACAUACUAUUUUGAAUACUUGCAGCCAUUUUUCCUCAGCUAUUACUCAGUUACACUUUGUCAUAUAUAGAAGAAAAAAAUUCUGUCUUUUGCAACUGAAUGUUUUUUUGUGUGUACCAAAAUUGAUUCACAUAUUCAUGAUAAGCAAGUUUAGUGGUCUAUAAUAUAAAUAAAAUUUUUACUUAUACACAUUUUGGUAGAUGAUUUGUAGUGAGUCUUCACAGAUAAAAUAUUUUAUCUAACUAUUUACAAAUAUAUGUUUCUUACACUUAUAUUCACUUUUGAAUCCUUGUCAUGUAGCCACAUGUUCUUCUGUUUGUGCUAGAUGUAUAUAUUAAAGGUUGCUUCAUAUUGGUACAUUACAAUUAAACAUAUCACAGCACAUAACUUUUAUUGUAACACACUGCACAUGGUCCUGCUCACAUGCUGUAUUUCUGACUGAGGGAUCACUAGAGCUAUGGAGGGUAAGGGUUGAGAGUGAUGUGUGUGUGUGUGUGAAAUCUUUGUGUGAUAUUAUUUUUGUAAGUAUGAAUUUGGAAUAUAAUACUGAUGGUCAAAGGUUUGCCAGGAUUCAGGAGGUCAAUAAAAUACUUAAGCACUAACAAUAAGAUCACUUCUUAGUGUUAUUAUCAUAAAGAGAGAUAACAUUUGUACCAAAUUAUUUAUUUCAGCUAAUCUUAUAUUUCAGUGUAGAACAUCACAUUGUUCAAAAAAAUUUACAGAGACUUACAUUACGCAUAACUAAGUCUCUAAUGUAUGUUCUGUUAGUAUCUUGUUUGAAUGGAUGUGAAGCUGUAACUUCGCACAUUCGUAGAGCUGUCUUUUGUUAGCAUGGAAUAUAAUCAAAGCAUACGCCUGAUUCAUGUUUUCUGGUGUUAAUAUGGUCAAAUACAUAACUUUUGUCCUAUAUGGUGCUUUUUAAGACAGUUUCUAUCUAUGAAUAAUGUAUGUAAAAGUAUAUUUUUACUUGUACUGAAAGUAUUAAAUAUAUUUUUGUACAA